UACCCCGACCCAAACCCAUGCAAACCCCUGAAAAAUGGUUUAUUCAGCGCCUGCACUGGGCUGAAUGCUGCUGUGCUUGUUGAAACCAGUUAGACUUUGUGUUUUUCGACCCCGUCAACCGUUGUUUUCAAAGUAACCGCAAACGUAAGCUUUAACGAAGACGUCGUUAAAUCAAGUUCGCAUCAUUUUCAAGAAACAAUAAACAACACACUAAGAUUAAGACGAUGUUCCACCACCUAACACGUUACGUCAUCGAUCAAUGGUUACCACAAACGACGUCAUCAUCAUCAACAGCGGCCGAGGGGGUCGAAAGCAACACAUCCUCAAGACUGACUUCCGCGGAAACGGAAGACGAUUGGGUACUGGUAGAGCGCCGUUCCGACGACGACAGCGAAGGUAACUCCAAGUGCAGCUCCUUGGAGAGUCUGAACGUCGACAAUGACAAUGACAAUGACGACGACGACGGUCUCAUCGUGGUCGAACGAAGUCCCGACCGAGUCGUCGUCGUCAACACCAACACCGGCACUCUUCCAGUACCAGCGCUACUCACACGUACCAAUUCACUGCCCCGGAUCACCGCCAUGGAGGAGUCAUGGUUUCUCACACCACCACCGUGCUUCAUCUCCACCGGACCGGUGCAUAUGGAAACAUCCCCAUUGGAGAACCUCCUCAUCGAGCAUCCGAGUAUGAGUGUUUACACCCAUCAUGGUCGGAGGUAUAAUUUUGACGUGGAGGAGGAAACGGAAGCUGAAGUGGUGGAGGUGGUGGCGACGGAGGAAACCGGGGAUAGUGACGACGACGGCGCCGUGGUGGUGCACAGGGCGCCCCGCGUUAAUAGGGUCCACGRGCUGCAGCAGCAGGAGCGCCAGGGGGUCAAGAGCAAGCACGCCCAAAAGGUCCAGAUCCAGAAGUCGUGCAAGUUCGUGACCCGUGGCACUCUAGACCGUACCAAUAAGGCUCGUGAAGUAAACAGUCGCAAUCGCCGACAACGGCGUGGGGAACGRUCGCAGGGCGCCACUCGUUCCUUCGCCAACAAUAACCGCAAGUGCUAAACUUGUGCACYCAAAAAAAUGAUCUCAAAAUCGCAACAUUUCGGUACAAUUCACGUGUAUCAUAAAUUUUACAAUUUGGUUUUCUCUCAAAGCUUCAAGCUUAGAAUUUUCUUAAUUCAGCGCAAGGGGAAUAUUGAUUAAAACACCCUUCGAGUUGUGUCUAUGUUUUAUUAUAAUAUUAUGUUUUGUUAGGAAGAAAAUGUUGGAGAAAAACCACCAAAGCACCGUGUUGUGUUCAACGGACGGAUACCGAACUGUACCAAUUGUUGCGACCAAAAAAAAAUUAAUUUAAUGUUCGUCUUUCAUAGUUUUUUUUUAUUUUAUUUUAUUUAUAUUCGCAUCGGUGUCGAAGCAAGAAACCAAAUGUCGGGCAUUAUUUUUCUUUCAUUUGACACCAAAUGCGAAACGUUGUACAUAAUAUACAGAGAUAUAGUCUAUUUUUAUUGUAAUUAAUUACUUUUAGUGAGACAGAUAUAAAUUAUUUUUGUUGGUUUUGUAAGUUUUAAUCCGGGCUUAGUUUUCGAAAAACAACAACUAGAGUCAAUUAGAAACAAUAAUAACAUCAGCUUAGUUGUUCAAUUCGUCCAAUUUUUCGAACACUUAGCUUCGAUUCGCAUCACUGGAUUUAUAGUUCUGACCAAAACUAUUUUUUAUAAACUUGCUACACUCAAAACAGACAAAAUCCAGUAAAUCUCUUUUAGUUUUUCUUACUACUCAUCAAUCAAGGCAUCCUCACAUCAAAUAAAACCGUAAUGCCUUUUCAAUAAUAAUAACACUUAAUUUAGGCCUUUAUUCUCGAGUCACACACCGUAUUUUACCUAGAUAAAGGCUUCAAGAAAAAAAUGUGUGCACCUCUCAAGUAUUAAAUGACAAUUUCUGUUUUUGGUUGAUUGUGACGAGUGUCUGUUUUACUCUUAGGUUUGAUAUGCGAAUAAUCUAAAUUUCUAAGUGGUAUGUAAAUAUGGAGCACGACUAGAUGGUAGUUACUAAAAUGUAUGCAUCAUAGGGAGUUUUAUUCAAGUUUGUAAGUGUUCAAAGAGUGUAAUCUAUAAACAAUGCGCUAAUGUUCAUUUUUACUAUUAUCAAGUGCAGUUUGCGUGAAAGGCAAAGAAAAUGUUAUAAAAAGUUGAAAACAAUAAAAAUUAAUUAUGUUAAAAA